AUGGCUUCCGAAGAUGCCGCGACGAAGCGCCAAAAGAAGCGCCUCAUCGUCUGCUGCGACGGUACCUGGAUGAACAGCGACUACGGCUUCUCAAAAUCUAGCCCCUUUUCUAGAAAAGGUACUUUGCAGGUGCCCUCCAAUGUCACUCGCAUAUCGCGCUGUUUCAAGCGCCGCUGCGCAGAUGGCACCCUGCAAAUCAUUUCCUACGAGUCGGGAGUCGGCAGUGGCAGCAACACCCUCGAUAGCAUCACCGGUGGAGCGUUUGGAACCGGCCUUGCAGAGCGUGUCCGCGAAGUGUACGCCUAUCUGUGCGCCAACUACAUGGACGGCGAUGAGAUUUUCCUCGUCGGCUUCUCGAGAGGUGCCUUCACUGCGAGGUCCGUUUCUGGAAUGAUUGCAAAUCUGGGCCUGUUGACCAGAGAAGGCGUUGAGCACUUCUACCCCAUUUUCAGGGAUAUGCAAAAUUGGGAGAACGACGACUAUGACGACCCGUUUCCCACUGUGCCGUUCCGAGACAAGCCCAAGGGUGCCAACGCCGAUGUCGAAUAUCGAGCACGGCUUGAGAAGAUGGGCUACACUCGCGUCUAUCAAAAGGACAACAACCUCAUCAAAGUCAAAGGCGUAUACCGAAUCGAACAUGCUUUCCAAGCAUUGGCGCUUGACGAGACCCGCACCCCCUUCAGCCCUGCAGUUUGGGAACGCCCCAGACGUGAGGGGCUGGGCUCAGUAGACUUGCGGCAAGUAUGGUUUCCCGGGAACCAUGGAAACUGCGGCGGUGGAUGGGACGAUCAGGGCAUUGCCAAUGCCACAUUAGCCUGGAUGAUGGAUCAAAUGACGAGCGUCGGCGUAGAGUUUGACACGCCAUCGUUGAAACGCGUGGUGGAGCAGACGUUCGACUUCUACGAGUCGCCCGAGGCGCACAAGCAGAAAAGGGACCGCAGAAAACUCAGGCAGUGGGCGGUCGAUCCGAUAUUCAACGCCAACAAGCCCCUCAGGCCAUGGGCGUUGGGGUCGAUCCAAAGAGUGGGCGGUCUUUUGUAUGCGCUCUCCGGAGACACGAUUAGAACGCCAGGCAUGUACAAGCAAGUCGAUCCGAAAACGUCGACAUCGCGAGAAACGUACUUGCAGAACACGAACGAGAAAGUCCACAGCUCUGUGCGGGUACGGCUGGCAUGCGAGGGUCUGGGUCUCAACGACGAGUCCGUGUGGGCUUGCCAGGCCCUUUGUGACUGGAAGCUGAAGCGGGCCGUCUUUGAAUAUGACCAAGAGCCCUCGAUUCACGAGUACAGGCCGUAUGACCGAUACCGGGACCGGCCCUCUCGCGAAGGCUGGAUCUGGAAGUAUGUCGGCAGCGAGAAGAACGCCCCAAACCAGAGAAUCAUGCCCGAGGAGCCGCUGGGGCCGUAUGAGCGAUAUUUACUGGAGUUUUCGGGCGGAACCCCAAACGUGUACGAUUACGCCGAGGGACGGGCGAACGGGAGCAAGAAAAGAAGAAGCAGGCAUGACGGACCGAGGAGGGCUUUGUUGAGGCAGGGGGCGUCACAUACUUACUAA